GGUCGCCUGUCCUUAAAGGCCCCACGUUGCUCUGCGACUGACUUUGUCUCACUGUUACCUGUGCUGAAUUAUAGGAAGGACUCAGGGGACCCAGGACACUCAGCAAUGGACUCAGUGGCCAUUGAGGACAUUGCUGUGAGCUUCACCCCAGAGGAGUGGGCUUUACUGGAUCCUUCACAGAAGAAACUCUACAGAGAUGUGAUGUGGGAAACCUUCAGGAUCCUGGCCUCAGUAGGGAAAACAUGGGCAGAUCAUGAUAUUGAGGAUCAGUCCAAAAACCAGGGUAGAAAGAAAAGAAGUCCUAUGGUAAAGAGAUUCUCUCAAAGUGAAGAGGGUAGUCAAUGUGGAGAAAAUUUCAGCCUUAUUCCAAAUCUCAACGUGAACAAGAAAACUACAGGAGCAGAACCAUGUGAAUGCAGUGCAUGUGGAAAAGUCAUGCAUCGUUCAUCCAUUGAAAGGCAAGUUAGAUGUCACACUGAACACAAACCAUAUGAUUAUCAAAAAUAUGCAGAGAAGCCAUAUGUACGUAAGGAAUGUGAGAAAGCCCUCCCUUUUCCCAGUUCUCUUCAAAUAUAUGAAAGUACCUAUAGUGGAGAGAAACCAUAUAAAUGUCAAAAAUGCAGUAAAGCAUUCACUUCUUCCAGUUCUCUUCGAGUCCAUGAAAGAAUUCAUACUGGAGAGAAACCCUAUGAAUGUAAGGAAUGUGGGAAAGCCUUUACAGCUCCCUCAAGCCUUCGAUCACAUAUGAUCUUUCACACUGGAGAUGGACCUUAUAAAUGUAAGGCAUGUGAGAAGGCAUUCAUUUCGUCCAGUGCAAUUCAAAUACAUGAAAGGAGACACACUGGAGAGAAACCCUAUGAAUGUAAACAUUGUAGUAAAGCAUUCACUCAUCCCAGUACACUUCGAAUGCAUGAAAGAACUCAUACUGGAGAGAGACCCUAUAAAUGUAAGGAAUGUGGGAAAGCCUUUAUUGCUCUCACAAACCUUCGAGUACACAUGAUCACUCACACUGGAGAUGGACCUUAUAAAUGUAAGGAGUGUGAGAAAGUAUUCAUUUAUCCCAGUUUAUUUCAAAUACAUGAAAGGAGUCACACUGGAGAGAAACCCUAUGAAUGUAAAGAAUGUGGGAAAGCCUUCAGUUUGUACACUAACUUGAAAAAACACAAAAGAACUCACACAGGAGGGACACCCUAUGUAUGUAAGGAAUGCGGUAAGGCUAUUAUUUCUCUUAAACUUUUCCAAAUACAUGAAAAAAGUCACACAAGAGAGAAAUCCUAUGAAUGUAAAGACUGCAAUAAAACAUUCACUUGUCCUAGUUCUCUUCAAAUACAUGAAAGAACUCACACUGGAGAGAAACCCUAUGAGUGUAAGGAAUGUGGGAAAACCUUUAUAGCUCCCUCAAACCUUCGAUCACACAUGAUCUUUCACACUGGAGAUGGACCUUAUAAAUGUAAGGAGUGUGAGAAAGCAUUCAUUACUCCCAGUUCACUUCAAAGACAUGAAAGGAGUCACACUGGAGAGAAACCCUAUGAAUGUAAAGAAUGCAGUAAAGCCUUCAGUUGUACCAGUUCUCUUCGAAAACAUGAAAGAACUCAUACUGGAGAGAAACCCUAUGAAUGUCAAAAAUGCAGUAAAGCAUUCACUUCUUCUAGCUAUCUUCGAGAACAUGAAAGAAUUCAUACUGGAGAGAAACCCUAUGAAUGUAAGGAAUGUGGGAAAGCCUUUACCGCUCGCUCCAGCCUUCGAUCACAUAUGAUGCUUCACACUGGAGAGAAACCCUAUAAAUGUAACGAAUGUGAGAAAGGAUUCAUUUAUCCCAGAUUCCUUCAAAGACAUGAAAGAAGUCACUCUAGAGAGAAGCCCUAUGCAUGUUAAGAAUAUGGAAAAGCCUUCAGUUCUCAUCAAGGUUUCCAAAUUCAUAAAAGAAAUCAUACUGGAAAGAAACUGUAUGAAUGCGAAAAAUGUAGUAAAGUGUUUAAUUUUCCCAGUUCUCUUUGAAGAUAUGAAAGAACUCACACUGGAGAGAAACCCUAUGACUGUCAGGAAAGAAGGAAAGCUUUUAUUUCUCAUGGAAAAUUUGAAGAUAUGCAACAACGCACAAUAGAGAAAAAAACAUAUAUAUGUAAUGAAUGUGGGACCCUUGUCAUCUGAGUUCUUUCUGAAGGGAUAAAAGGAGUUACUUGAUAAAAACUUCUUGAAGGUAAACAGUAUGGGAAAGACUUCAAUUCGCCUACAUCUUUCUAUGUGAAACUCUCACCAAAAAAUAUAUAUAAAUGUAAGAAAUAUGAAAAAGCUUGAUGUAAAUUAACUUGUGUAUAAUGUUCUAGAAAACUUUCAACAUGAAAGAGUUGUUAUAAAUUUGUAAAUAUACGGUGUUUAGCAAGCCUCUUUCUUAAAGUGCAACAUUGGA